AUGGCUCAAUUAACUCCUCGGACUGCUGAGAUGAGUGAGACGGGAACCCCCUCCUCUGACGGUAGUCGCCUGCCAUCUCCACAAGAAGAACAAUAUCAUCAGUAUCAACAUCAACAACAAAAACAAGAAGAAGAAGAAAAGCAUUUGGAUUCUCUCUUUGAUGCUACGAUGGAGUCCUUGGAAGUACUGGAAAACUCACGUGCAGUUCUGCACAGUUCCAUGCAGGAGGCGCACUUCUCAUUUAACGUCACUCAACGUGAAAUGGAGCGUUCGGGGCUUUUACUUGCGUGGGAUGCUGUGCCAACCCAAGAGGGCGCCGUCCAGCCACUUAUUGGCAUUAGAAUUCCCGCCAUCGUGAGAGAUACGAACAGUGGCAAUGAGAAGAAGAAGAAUUGUGACGAUAAUGACAAGGAUUCCAAUCUUGAUGAUAAUGAUAAUAAUGAUGAUAACAACAACAAUGAUGAUGAUAAGUGGUCUCUUGUGGAGAUGAAUGAAUGUGAGGGGCGAGAUCCCCUGCGGUGGUUUGCUGCUGUUCCAUCACCGGCGUUGUGUGCAUGUCAAGAGCACUUCCGCCGUGUGCUGCAUGCAUGUGUGGAUGUCCUGCAGGCCCAGAAAGAAGUACUCGCUGCUGCUGAACUAUACAGGGAGGCCGCAGAGAAAAGAGAAUUACAUCAAUGA